UGUUAUCAUUCCUAAUAAUCAAGCGAAGAAGAAAAAGAAGAAGAAGAAGUAUUUUUUUUUUAUCUGUUUCGUUUGCAUCGGGUUUUCUUCACAGGUGCAGUUGUACUUUCGCUAUGUGGACAAACAUUUACCACGUAUUAGUGUGGCCUGGUUGCUAAAGCGCCGGAUGUGUUGGGCGAGUUAAACGCCGCACACGAUGACCGCACCGCCCGCCAGCCUGGAGAGCCUGCGUGUGCUGCACCACAGCGAUGACUACAUCGUGGUGGACAAGCACUGGGACAUCCGCAUCGACAGCAAGAUGUGGUACGAGCAGCACACCGUGCAGGCGCAGCUCGGGCACCGCUUCCCUCAGCUGGCGGACCCCAGCACCUACUACGGAUUCAGGUUCUGUCACCAGUUGGACUUCUCCACCAGCGGGGCUCUGUGCGUCGCCCUCAACAAGGCCGCCGCCGGCCGGGCCUACCGCUGCUUCAAGGACCGCUCCGUCACCAAAGCCUACCUCGCCCUGGUUCGUGGACGGGUGGAGGAAGAGACGCAAACCGUGGCCUUCCCCAUCGGCAAGGACUCGUCAGAGGGAAAGACACACAUGAUGUGUACUGAGGGAACAGACGGUUGUGAGAACCCAAAGCCUUGCCAAACGGAGCUGACGGUGUUGGAGUACGGAUUGUACGAUGGAGACUCUGUCACCAAGGUGCUGCUGCAGCCAGUCACUGGCCGAACACACCAGUUGAGGGUUCACUGCAGCGCAAUCGGCCACCCCAUCGUGGGGGACUUCACCUACAGCUCGGGAGCGGAUGCCGCCCCGUACCGCAUGAUGCUGCACGCGCACCUCCUGCACAUUCCGCUGGACCCUGAACCCCUGUUGGUCUCCGCUGGAGACCCUUUCCUCCCGGCGGAGGAUCCCAAGUGGCUUCCGCAGCGCUCAUUACGGACACUGGCGGCUACCGUGGAGGCACUGCUGGAGCGCAGGCUGGAGGAGGGCAGGAAGAUCAAAGAGGAGAGGAGAGAGAGGGCGAAAAGGGAGGAGGAGCGGAGGGUGAGGCGGCGGGAACAAACGAUUAAGGAGGAGAGCGAGGAGCAGAGGGCGCAGUGUCAGGAGUGGCUGCGAGAAUGGGCCGGGGAUUGAUUUAUUAGUGUGUUUUUUAAUUUAUUUGAGCUUUUUUACCAAUGAUGGUCACGUUGAGCGUGCAUGCUCCAUGUCAAUGAUCGCCGCCGUUGCAUUGAAGCGGUGAGCAUGUGUGAGCAUGUAAGCGGCUGCUUUCUGCUACGAUUAACAACUGAAGUGUGUUGUCACAUUCAGUGCAUGGCUGUAACAUACAUGGAAUUCCAUAUAAAAGCAUUUUACAUACUAACAUGUAUGUUUCUGGUUUUUUUUAUUGUCAUUUCAUCAUUGUUUUACUGUUUCAAACAGUUUUCAAAAUAAUAAAGGAUCAUGUCAAAGCAACAACAAAUGUCUACCAAAAAGAUCUUGAUUCAGCCCCGUCAGUCCACUGUUAUGUUUUCGGUCUGUUGUACUGAACAUCCUUUGGGCUGCAAAGGCAGCUGCUGUUGUACGAUUUGUUGAGCUAUUUGUUGUGCACACUUCCUGCUGCCUGUUCUGCAUAAGCCAGCAACACAGAACAGCUCAUGGUUAGUCCAGUGACUUUCUUUUCAACCUUUCAAGUUUACUUUUAUGUCACAGUCAAUCCUGCAAACAAAGUGUUUCUUUUUAAUAACAAUGAGAACAUUUUUUGUAACGGUACAUAAAGAAAAUAAACUAUACCGACUUAAAUAAUGGUUAAAUAUGACAAAUGAAAGAACGAUCUGUACAUACCAAAAACAUUCUAACCCCCU